AUGUAUCCUAUGUAUUUUAAAUAUUCUUUUCUUUGUGUGUUGAACAGAGAUUGUUGUGCUGCCUUCAGGAUCCCAAACCCUGAGGCCCAGGAGCACCUCCUCUGGGAUUCUUGGAAGACCACUGAGGCUAUAGUGGCUGCAGCAACCUCUGGGCAUCUCAUCAACACCUGUGCCUCCCGCAAAGAAUAUAACAGCGACAUCAACAUCAAGCUGGACUUGUUCCACUGCAUGCGGCGGUUCUCCAGAGAGUGUGUGUCAGAGCACCAUCCACUGCACAGUGCUUUCUGCAAGUUUCUGUCAGCAGCUUUUAGUGUUGUGGACCAGACGGACCUACAGAGACUGAAGCAGGCUUAUGUUUUCUGUGGGAUAGUGCCUGCAAAUCCAACAAAGCAGCACACCAGGGAGCACUGCCGCACCAGGGUCCCACACCCCAAAGAGCUGCUGGAGAGAGUGGAGAGCGUUCUCCAAAGAUUCUUUUUAGAAUGCGAUCCUGAUGGUGUGCCACUGUUCAAACCAUCGAUGUUGAAGGUGUGGAGGAUUCAGGGAGGCAGCAGCUGUACCGUGUGGAUCCCUGUGAGAGGCACCUCUCAGCAGGAGGGGUUCCAUUUCCAUCAGGCGAGAUGGGUCACAGGCACUCAGGUAUCCACAGAACUUUUCCAGGCGCAGGGCAUGAUUGGAGUGGCCCGCUGGAAUUUCCAGCGCCUUGUGGACCUGAAGCAGCCUGGAGUGAAGCUGCCUGCAGUUUUUGAUCCUGUGCUGAUCAUGGAACUGAACAAGCUCUCAGACGUAGUGACAGGCCAGGCCAAGUACCCUGCCUUACUUGUCUCGCAGACAGACACCAGUGAAAGGUUUGGACUGCAGUAUGUGGAGCCUGGUUGUCGUCCUGUCCCCCUGAACUGGGACAAGCACAAGUCCCAGAAGCUACCUAUUGCUGGGGAGGGAGAGCAUCAGUCCUCAGAGCUGUCUGCUCUCAGUGAGAGAUUCCCACCUGAUGACCCACCUGAGGAGGUGAGGGAGGAACACUUUGCUCAGGAUGACAUCUUUGGUGUGGCUUCUCUUGGCUCCCAAACAAUGAUCCAGCCUGCACAGCCCACCAAAGUAAAAGAUGAGAUGACACCACCACUGCCCUUUGCUCCCUCUCCACGAGCUGCUCGCACAGGUCCCAUCAAGGCAGGCGGUCUACUUUUUGUCCUGGACCAUUUUCGGUGGACACAGCCCAUGAGGGAUUCCAUUGAUGGCCUUCUGGCAAAGUACCAUGGGCAGAAAGACCUUCUCACCCAGGUGGAUGCGGAGUAUGCUGCCCUUGUGCAGGCUGCCUCCAGGGAUCCCAAUAGCCUCUUACACCCCACCACGAAACAGCAUAUCUCACGUUAUGUGAAACACCUGGCCAAGAUGACAAACACAAGUUCAUCCCUGAACACCAGUUCAGAGAAACUCCUGGAGACCCAGCAGCUGUGGCAUCACCUCACAGAAGGUAGUGAAACCGUAAGUGUACCAGUGGUAACCCUCCCACCUGCCCCAGUGAACCCACCCAGUAAUAAGCCCCAGGAGUUCCCGCUAACUAAGGGUGAGAUUGAACAAAUGGUGAAAGAGAUUGUGGAUAAGCAGCAGCAGCAGCAGCCUGUUAAAAAGAGGACACGGAACUGUCUUGCUUGCGGCCAGCCAAAGUCACGUUACCUUGGUGAUGGCUCCUCCAUUCAUUUUUUUUAUCAGUCUGAGAAUGUGAAGUACUUUUACUGCUCUACAAAGGCAUACCAGAUGUAUGCAGCGGAAGGCCUCUCCAAUCCUCGAAUGCCGUUUGCUGACUUUGCUGAAACACCUUUUUUUAAACGAGAGCUACAGGCCGCAAAGCAGCGUUCUGCAGAGGCAAGACAGGUAAUGGAGGAGCGGAGAAAGAGAAAGACCAUGGAGCAGCAUCCCACUGGUCGCCUCUGUAGGUUCUGCCACAAGCCACUCAAACAAGGCCCAGAGAGUCCACACAUACAUACUGGGUUCCCUGGUGUGGCAGGGAAAUAUGUCUAUUGUCCUGCCAGAGUGUUUUCCCUAUAUCGGACAGAGGGGAUGACUCACGAGAUGACCUGGGGAGAGUUCUGUCAGUCUUCCUUUUAUGAGGCUGAAAGGAAGAGAUGGGCAGCAGAAAAGGGAAAGUGACUGCCCUCAUGUUUCCUGGUUUUGAAUGUAUGUAUUGUAAUUAUUGUAUCAUAAAAAUAUAACUCUGUAUCUUGUUUGUUAUGCAUGUCUGUUACAUGCUGAAACCACUGUGGUAUGUUCUUGCCUUAUUUGUCUUUCUGUUUUUUUUUACUUUGGAAUGCUAUGUUGACUCCAUGCAGGAUUGUAAAAUGUAAAAAAGUCUGCUUAACUUUUACUGUGUUAUAUAUGCAUCAUUUUUAUAUUUAUCAGUGGAAUUUUUUUUUUACCAUUCUUUCAAAACAUUUUCAAAACUCUGAUUAUUUAGAUGAUGGAAAGCAUAUAUUAUUUAUUAAGCAUGUUGUUCUAUUGUUCUUACAUUUUAUUAGUUUAUUACUUUUGGCACAAUCAUAUUCAUAACUGUACUAUAUACAUGCACAUGGACACUAUCAUCUGUUUAACUGAAAAAAGUACUGUGUAGCCUCUUUCUAAAAAAGCAUGUUCUUUCUUUCUUGCUUUUUUCCUGUUCUCUUUUAAUUAUAUAUUUAAUUAUACAUUUUAUUUUGAUUUGUAAAUAUUAAUAACCCUUACUAUUAAACAUACAUAAUUGUACAUAAUUAUUUAAUUUAAAAUUCUUGUUUUUUUCUGUGUUC